CAGCAGUGAGUCGCUUCGUGUUUCCUUAGCCAUAUAGGUACUUGAAGUGCGUUCGGAAAGGUUACAGUGCGCGGACGGUGUCACUUGAGGAUGUUCAUCUGGCUAGCAUUGGCAGCGGUGGCGUUGGCUUGGUGGGCGCGAUGGCACGCGGGGCGCCGGCGCAUGGUAGCUUUGGCUAGUCAGCUGCCUGGCCCGCCAGUUGUGCCGUUGCUUGGCAACGCCUUGCGAUUCAUGGUGCCUUCUGAAGAACUGAGCAACGUGGUGUACCAGCUAAUGCAGGAGUAUGGCGACCUGUGGCGAUUCUGGCUCGGGCCCGAUCUGAACGUAGUCGUCAGUGCCCCUGACGACGUCAAGAGUCUUCUUACAAACUCAAAAACUAGUACUAAAGGCCCACAAUAUAAGUACAUGGCUGACUUCUUAGGUGAAGGCAUUCUGAGCGGUUCAGGACCAACAUGGCGAAUACGCAGGAAGAUAGCGUUGCCGAACUACGGCCGACGAGCAGUGGAGAGCUAUGAAGAGGUGUUCAACAGGGAAGCAGACCAGAUGCUGGCCAGACUGCGAGGGCGAACUGGCGAGGCCUUCGACAUUUACGAUGACGUCGUCACAGGAACAACUUACACUGUUUGCCAGGCUUUGAUGGGAUUGACGAGACAACAAACACUGGAUCUACCUAACUUGGAUUUGAUCAUUCGUGAAUCACAUGAUUUGUAUCUACUCGUCUUCAUGAGAAUGACGAAGUGGUAUCUUCAAAUAGAGCCCUUAUACAGAAUCACAAAAUAUUAUCAGCAGCAAAUAAGAUUCAUAAAGAAGAUACAAGAAAUGGUAGACGUCAUUGUGCAGCACAGACUGAAGGUCCUGGAAGCUAUGGAAGAUGAAAGGAAAAUGGAGCUCCUGAAGUUAGAAGGGGAUAAUGAACACAACACGGAAUUGACUGUCGUGGACAGACUUGUGUUGUCUAACCAAAUAUCAAGCUAUGAUGAAAUGUUGAGAGAGAUAUUUACACUCUUUACCUCGAGUCAAGAAGCGACGGCAAAGAUGGCGUCUUUCUUACUACUGAUGAUGGCGUAUCAUCCUCAUUACCAGGAAAAAGUCUACCAAGAAAUUAAAAGCGUCUUCGGCGACAGCGAUAAAGACGUCAGUGAUGUGGAUAUCAAGCAGAUGACGUACUUAGACAUGUGCUUUAAGGAGGUGCUGCGGCUCUUCCCUAUAGGAGUCAUGCUGCAGAGGACUAUAUCUGACGAUAUUAAAAUAAGUAACGCAACGUUGCCAGCCGGUUGCUCGCUCGUCGUCCCAAUCUUCCACAUGCACCGGGACAAGCGGUACUGGGCCAAUCCAAACAGCUUUGACCCGGAGAGGUUUAGCCCUGAACAAACUAAGCUGCGCCACGGCAGCUGCUAUAUUCCCUUCAGUUUGGGACCGAUGGAUUGCAUGGGGAGAUACUUCGGCACCAAAUUAGUGAAGACCAUGUGCGUGAAGAUAUUGCGAGAGUUCCGGCUGACGUCUCCCGAGUCCUACAAUGACAUGCGCCUUGUGCUAGCCAUCUCGGUCGCCUCCGUCAACGGCUAUCCCGUUCAGCUACAUCGACGAUAACAAUGGGUUUCGAAAAACAUUAACCCGUAAACUACUGGGUCUAAUAAAUGAGACAUACCUAUAGUAUCCAGCUCAUUUUGGCGAAGUCUGAUAAGAUAAAACUUCAUGAACUUGCUGCCGGCGCGGCGGCACUCGAAGGUUAUUUACACAGGUUCAUCUAAGAACGAGAUUUUUUGAUAGAAGCAGUUGCAGUACUGCAGUGUAUAACUGAACUACCUUUACUCUAUCAUUUUUAUUAUUCUUUUCAUGAAGUUUGAUCUCUAAGAAUCUAUGCAGAUUAUGCAGAGAAUCUGCAACCAUCCAUGUGAGGAAACUGUGCAUUCAGCCUGAGGUUCCCAUAUGAAAUUGCAGUCAGUUGCAGCUUUUUCACAUUAUUCGAUCCGAUAUCGUAUGUAAGUACGAUACCCUACACAUAUACCAGCAGUUCUCGAAAAGUUUGUAAAUUUGUUUUUUGUUACCAAGAUUUAUUUCAUGAAUUGAGAUUUUAGUAAGUUUUAUUUGGCU